CUCCGGUGGCUCUGGCGGCUAGGUAGGAGGAGGCACGGGUCCCGGGAUGGCGGGGACCCCUAACGGCGGUGCUGCUCAGUUCACUUGCCCCCCCAACUUUACCGCGACGUCCCCAACCUCAGAGCCCACUCGUUUCUCUUUGGAGGUAUUAACAGACCCAGAUACGGAAGUGUGGCUUAUCCAGGCACCUGUGGACUUCGCCCCAGACUGCCUCAAUGGGCGGCUAGUGCCUCUCUCUGGCUCCCAGAUCGUGAAGGGCAAGUUGGCAGGCAAGCGGCACCGCUACCGGGUCCUCAGAAGCAACAGUGCCCAGGCUGGAGGAGCAAUCCUGCUCGCCCCCUCCGUGGCGGCAGGAGGGGGGCUCGCCUGUGCCCCAGCCCCCCAGGGCAGCUUAAGGAUCUUUGAGGGCUCCCAAGAACCCCCAUCAGGGACCCUGCUGCAGCCUAUUCCAACAAGCCCCCCGCCGCAGAUCCCCCCUGACCUGAGGCCCCGGUUCUGUGCCUUUGGAGGCAGCCUACCAGUAACAGGGCCUGGGUCAGCCUUGGCCCUGAAGUCACCCGCCUCAAAGAAGAGGAAGAAGAAGAGGCAGACACCAGAGGCCCCAGGUCCCCAGGACGCAGUGAAUGGGCUCGGGGCCCCGGCGGUGGACACAGCUUUGGGGUCCCCGGAUGUGGCGAAGAGGAAGAAAAAGCAGAAGCCGCAAGAACUAGAGGCGAUGGAGCCCACGGCUGAGCCGCUGGAACCUCUGGGAGCGCUGUUCCCAUCGCCCACCGCCAGGAAGAGGAAAAAGAAGCCCAGAGAGGCAGACACGGCCGAACCGGAACCGGAGCAGCAGCUGCCGGAGCCAGGAGACAACACGCUGGAGCUGGAACUCACAGUCAGCACGGAGCCUCUGGAAGAGACAGUCCUGUCUCCCCCCGGGAAGAGGAAGAGGCAGAAGGGGACAGAAGGGAGGGAGCCAGGGGAAAGGAUGCUGGUUGAGUCUCAGUUCGAGGCGGAGCCCCAGGAAGAAGCCGCCUCGCUGCCGUCCUCCAAGAAGAAAAGAAAGGAAAAGGGGCCCAAAGUCGUGAUGGAGCCGGGGACUGAUGAGGCUCUGGAGCUCCCUGGGGAAAAGACGGAGCCUGAACGACCACACGAAGUGGAGCUUGAGGCUGAGGCAGCUCUAGCACCCGCCAGGAAGAGGAAGAAGAAAGAAAAAUGGCAACACGUGACUGUGGAGCCGGGGGCAGAGGUGGUGGAGCCUGAGUUGCCCGGUGACCUGGAGCCUCAGGAGGCUCUAGUAUCCACCAAGAAGAAAGAACGGGGGCUCCGAGCAAUGGAGCCGAGGACCGAGAUAAUGGACCCACAGGGUGAGGUGACGGAGCCCGAGCUGCCGGAAGGGGGUGCGCCUGAGGCAGGGGCAGAUCUAGCAUCCACCAAGAAGAAGAAGAAGAAACGGGGUGGGCAAAGUGGGGCGCCAGAGACGGCGCCCUGGGAGGAGACGCCAGGGCUGCCGCCGAGCCUGGAGUCUGAGGAGGUGGCUCCCACAGGCCGGGAGAAGAAGCCAAAGAAGCCGCGGCCGGGUCCUGUGUAGCCGCCUCCGGGGAAACUGGUGACUGUGGUCAAGAAAAGCUGGAAGGGUGCCCGGGGGGCGGGGGGCUCAAGUCGAUUAGCGUCCGACUCUUGACUUUGGCUCAGGUCGUGAUCUCACGU